AGCAGUGCCCAGUGGCCGGAGCGGUGCCCAGUGUCCGGAGCGGUGCCCAGCGGCCGGAGCGGUGCCCAGUGGCCGGAGCGGUGCCCAGUGGCCGGAGCGGUGCCCAGUGGCCGGAGCGGGGCGCGGAGUGGCCGCGGGUGCGGACCAUGGGCUGGCGGCUGUUGCUGCUGCUGGCCCUGGCGCUGGGCGGCCGCGUGGCCACCGCGCAGAACGACACCGAGCCCAUCGUGCUGGAGGGCAAGUGCCUGGUGGUGUGCGACUCCAACCCGGCCCCCGACGCCAAGGGCUCGUCCUCCUCGCCGCUGGGCAUCUCCGUGCGGGCGGCCAACUCCAAGGUGGCCUUCUCGGCCGUGCGGAGCACCAACCACGAGCCCUCCGAGAUGAGCAACAAGACGCGCAUCAUCUACUUCGACCAGAUCCUUGUAAAUGUGGGCAAUUUUUUCACGUUGGAGUCUGUCUUCGUAUCACCACGGAAAGGAAUUUACAGUUUCAAUUUUCAUGUAAUUAAAGUCUACCAGAGUCAAACAAUCCAGGUGAAUUUGAUGCUGAAUGGGAAGCCAGUGAUCUCUGCUUUCGCUGGGGACAAGGAUGUCACCCGUGAAGCUGCCACCAACGGGGUGCUGCUCUACCUGGACAAGGAGGACAAGGUCUACCUGAAGCUGGAGAAGGGAAAUCUGGUCGGUGGAUGGCAGUACUCCACUUUCUCUGGCUUCCUGGUCUUCCCCCUGUAAAGUCAAUUUUCCUGUGUGGACUCGUCCUUGCCUCUGUUUCAUGAAGAUCAUUUUGUCAUCAUGGGAGUGAUGGUUCUUUAUUGCUUUCUCAUGGGUGGUUUUGGAUUCUCUCCAUGGAUUCUGGCCCCAUCUGAACUACUGAGAAGUUCCACAGAAUUUUGUCUGCUCAAAUAUGACACCUUUAGACUGAGACUAAAGCAGACAAUAAAUAUCAAUGCUUAAGGUUGCAGCCUAAAGCUACCUGGAAGAUUUAUUCCAAUUUCAUUUCCUGGAUUUGGGGAAGAAGUGGAUUUUCUUUAACUGUGCAAAGUCUGGCACCAAGUCUGUCAUGCAGGAGAGUUUGAGUUCAGACUCCAAGCAAGAGUUUGUGUGUUGCUGCCAAAGAACUGUGUGUUGAAAUAUUGGUGGUGUUUGUGUCCUGGGACUGCACUGCCACGGUCUGUUCCCUUGUCCUAGAGAGAAAUUCUCAUUGCUAAGUGGAGGACUCGAGUUCUGCCCUGUGUCUUGUGUGUUGGAUGGGUCACUCAGAUAUUUCAGCUCAGCCACAAAUCAGUCUGAGGGGUUUGGUGGGUUUGGUUGGAUGUGGAAGGGAUUCCUCUGUGCCACGAGCUGAUUCCUGAGGAAAAGCAGAUUAUGCAUUAAUUAAAGGUGUUUGUUCAGGCACAGCUUUACCAAACAGCUUUGUCCUGCAGGACACCUCACACUUCUUCAAUUUUAAUUCAUUUGAUAAUUAAAUUUAUUCAGCUAUUGAGGGAUUCCUUCCUUAGACACAACCACUCUCAGCUGGAGAUGAGAUCCCCUUGUUUGUGUUUCUGUGUGUUUUCCACCCCUUCUGUUGUGUUAAAGGUCUUAUCUGGUUUUGCCUUAACUCCACGGGUGUAUAAAAUUUUAGAUCAUUUGUUUAACAAAUAUGAAAUCCAAAUAACUGGUACCUAACUUGGUCCAAAGGCUUCCCAGCUUUUUGUACAGGUCAUGUAAAUGCAUAAAUUUAUUUAUUUAUUUAUUAUAUCAUUGUUCCAUAAUAAAGAUUAACAUAUGCUAGCUGAA